UACUUUCUGAAGAACUGCGAACAUCCAGCGACUAAUCAACCAAGACGUAACGGACAAAAUUACAGUCACCAACAUAUAUUCGACCAAAUAAUAUUUCACGCAUCUUGGAUCAUUAAUAUGCAUCCACCAAACGCAAUAUACAAUAGUGCUGAUAAACUUUUUGAGAGUGCUCAAAGAUUUGCAAAUUCUCAGGGUUAUGCAUUGGUAAAGAAAAGAACCCGUAAAGAUCACUGCGGCGAAUUAAAAAAUAUAGCCUUGCAUUGUGAUCGAGGUGAUGUUUACGAAAAUUCCUUGGACCUCACCAAAGAAACUCGUCAUAGACAAAAAAGCACCCGACUGAUUGACUGUCACUUUGAAUUGUAUGCUGUUAGACGUAAUGGUUUAUGGUAUCUGGAAGUCC